AUGGAGAUUCAUCCGUUCCGGUUGAAGCCCGGUCAAGACGUGAAAAAAGAGCUGGAAUCAUUCUGCCAGUUGAAAAACAUCCAAGCCGGCAUCGUAAUCACCGCGGUAGGGUCGUUACAAAAAGCAAAGAUUCGCUUGGCGUCGUCCGUGCAAACGAACACGAACGAAGUCGCCGAACUGACCGAGGAACGGUUUGAAAUCGUCUCCAUGACGGGGACGUUAUCCGCGAAAAACGGGAUGCACGUGCACGUGGCGGUUGCAGAUGCGAACGGAGAAGUGUGCGGAGGACACAUGUUAGAGGGGUGCGAAGUGUUCACGACGUGCGAGAUUGUCUUGGGCGAGUGCAAACGCUUCGCGUUUGAGAGACACGCGGACGUGAACACGGGGCACAAGGAGCUGGUGGUGGUGAAGAACACGGCGAGAGAUUUAGAGAGCGAGUAUUAUUUAGAUGACGAGGGAAGCGCGACGACGCCGACGGGGAAGAAGGCGAGGAGGAUGCGGCAGAUGCGGAUGAUGGAGAUGGAGAGAGAGCGGUUGCAACAAGGAGGAGGAGGAGAGAGAAGAGGAUUGUUCUCGAGGAUAGCGGCGGUGAUUGUGCCGCCACCGACGCCGAUGAGGACCGUGAAUGAAGUCGCGGACGAAGUGUAA